AUUAUGUAUAUGGGAUAGGGGUCUGUGGUUUCUGGUCCCGUGUCCUGCACCGUGUGUCGAGGACUAGUUAGCUAGCUUGGCGAUACAAUAGCUAGCAUACGUAACGACACAGGGUAAGGCAGACGGAUACUACAGAUUCCUGAAGAUAGGCCAAGGCUUGACGAGGACUGCAUAAAUUAAGACAUUGUAGUAGCGAGUAAUACUGUUUUGUUGCUGAAUAAUGUAUGAUUUAGCUAACUAUGUAGUCGGUUAGUCGUAAUGUCACGACCUAUGACUCCCCGGUUAAAUAUGUCUGGCUGUAUCAUAAAUCCAAUGUCUGUAGUCAGAUAAGUUAAACACUUGAACGUUAGACUACCCUAUGCAGUAGGCUAUUGAGGGUUUACAUUACUAACUAGCUAGGCCAGCUAGCUUUAUUGUUUAAUUGGGAGUUCGGGGACAGCUGGCUAGCUAGAAACGGCCUAGCUUGUUAGCGAACUGUGGUUUUCUCAUUACCGUAACGUAACGUUCCUUAGCUUUCUGUUUUAUGCCAGCCUUUUAGCCAUGCUCGGUAGUUAGCUAACGUUAUCCUUUAGUGUGACGAAUCACUGUUAACUAACUAGCUAGUGCUAGUUUGCUUUUAUAGUGCUAGGCUAAUGUUAGUGAACGUCAAUGUAGUUAGCUAAGCUAGCAUUAUGUACCGGAAGUCACUGCUGUACUAACUUUACAAUGUAUGUAGCCUAGUAACGUUUACACUUUAAAAUUAUCUGAAUUUACGCCUUUCGUUUUGUUUAUUCAGUUACUAGUCGUUCGUAAAUUUACGAAUUCUCGAUGUUUUUUUUUUUUUGUUGUUGUAGGUUUUGUUUUGUUUUUUGCUGUCACAAAAUAUUUAUUUGACCGUUGACGUCAUGAGCUUGCCUGGUACAAAAAAGAGAAACCGUUGUGAAUUUCCACGAAUAGUACGCCGGCCUGGGACCUCCUGGAAAAAAAAAUCAAAAGGUCAUGCGUGUCUUUAGUUCGGAAUUCCUUUAAUUACAUGCAUUUCAAUCGAACUUAUAAGUAACACUACAAAAAAAUCUGUGUUUCAGAGUACUCAAGAAAGCUAAAUCUCUAAAUAUGUAUGAAAUCUUUAAACCCUCCACAACAUCCUCUAACGUUACUUCUGAUGUGAGUUCCUGUUCAGAAAAAUAAACCUGACUUUUCCAUCUAAAUGGUGGCUUCUCAUCCACCCCGGGCAAACUAAGGCCUUCUGAUCUUAACGAAGUGGUUUAGCUGAAUGGCCUGGUGUUCUCAGGAGGGAGAUGCAGCUUGCUUGAGCAAAGAGCGCCAGAACAAGCCGUGAUGAGCAGCAAGGCUAAAGUGGGCGGCCACAGGAGGCUGUCGUCCUAUGUGGUGGACAGCAUGAAGACAUCCAAGCCGGAGUCAGAGAGGGACUCUGGUUUCUCAGAUGGCAGCUCGGGCUACUUGAGCGCCGUGGACCAGAUGGACUCGGAGGACACCGGGAGGCGGGGCAGCCAGGCCGCGUCCCAGGUGGCGGUGAUGACGGGGUCCUACCCCAGCCUCUCCCCGAUGAUCAUCAUGAACAACGUCGUCCUCAAGCAGCCGAACACACCAGCGCCAGCCCUGAAGCCCUGGGGGUUCCAGCCCACUGCCCUGGAAAUGCUUCCUCAGCCCCAGGUGGUGUUUCUGCAGCCGGUGGUCUCCAACAGCACCGGCGCCUCGCACAAGAGCCCCGCCGACAAGCGACGGAAAUCCCGGAAGUACCUGCCCAUCCUCAAAUCCUACCCCAAAAUCGCGCCUCACCCCGGGGAGGGCCUCUCGGAGAAAGCCUCCUCCUCCUCCUCCUCCUCCAGGCCGAACGGUCUGUCCUCCGGCCAGGAGCGGCGUCACCGCCACCGGCAGAGACGCGACGCGCUGCCCGUCUGCCCGGUUCGGUCGGCCAAGCCCGCCGCUCCCGCCGCCAUCCCGUCCGCCGCUGCCCCCGCCCCGCCCGUCUCUCUCUCCCGCUGCGCCCCACUCCCCACCCCCGGCGUCGCGGACACCGCCGCGACCGCUAACCCGGCUAACGGCCCGGGGCCGGCCCUGUCGCGGCCGCCCUCCGCCUCCCCCGCCCUGCCCCCCGAGACUGACGCCCUGGUGCCCUGGGCGUGGCCUACUGGGCCCGAGUCCCAAGAUGACGGGAGCUGCCUGGGCUCCCUCCCCGAUGGCCACAGCAAGCAGCAGCGCUUCUGCAACACCUACAACAUCCUGCACAGGUCGGGCCUGCUGGGCAUCACGCUGCGCACCAAGGAGCUGAUCCGGCAGAACCGGCGCACCCAGGGCCAGCUGGAGCAGCUCAGGCAGCACGCCGGCCUGUUCGUGGAGGCCGUGUGCAGCGACGACCCGCAGGUCUGGACUAGGCUGCAGCUGAGCAUGAUGGAGACCGGCUCCGCUGGACCGGAGGAGCAGGAGGGCAGAGAGAAGGACACACUGAGCAUGCUCCCCUGAGGCUGCGCUGUCACCGGGGGAGGGGUCAUGCGUGUCCCUGACCCACCGGCUAACAAACGCACUGUUUAGUCUUAACCCCCCCCUCGCCGUCUGUUACCGAGUGACACUGCAGUAGGCUUCACUGUGCUUUCCCAGCAGUUGACCAGUGAGCAUCGCGGGUCACUGAGCCUGCUGUGGACCUGGCAGCUCGGAACUUGCUUGGCACAUUCGAUGUAGAAUCCAAGACAAAACAUUCAAUGACUAAACGCAAAAAAAAUGCUGGUAAACAAAUUGAUUUGGAAAGUUGAACUUGACUGGCGAGGUCACGCUCGCUGCAGCUGUUCAGCUCAGUACCAUUCAUUCCCAGUGAACUGGCUUGUGUAGACCGGGCUAAGUGGGGAUGCAUUCUCUGCGGGUUCUGACUGAUGAAGACGUGGAGCAGCGGUGAGAGUUCUGUCUCGAGUCUGCUGUGAUUUAUUUUUUUUUCUUCUCCGCGGGGCAAAGUCCUGUCCUUGCUUCAUUCAUAGUCUUAAACUGCUAAAUGAGCCUAGCCUUGUGUAAGCUGUACUAUUUUAGUAAUGCCAUAGGCAGUGUUUUUAUUCUUUAUUUGUAUUCGGCAAAUAAGUUAUUCAAGCCUAACGUAUUUAUUUGGUGUAUCCUCUUGCACUUGCGUCUUGUUGAAGAAUAUCUCCAUUGAGCAUCCAACUAAGUUGGACAGCAUCUCAUUCUAGCUGAAAAGCAACAGCAUUGAUUUGAAGCUUCUGUUUUCUAUUGAGAGCUACGUUGUUUUUUUUUUUAUCCCAUGGUUUCUCCAGCUGGCAAAGCCAUCGUAUCAACAAGUGAUUUUAGCUUGCGUUAGCAAGUGGUAUGUUCGUGAAUUUGGUGGACAAUCUAAUUGGUGUAAAUGAAAUGACUGGUGACCAACCGCGUGUGUGCGUGUGUGUGCACGUGCGUCAGGGCACACACAGUUCACGCUUAAAAAGGAUGUUUACUGUUUUUAGGUAGACACUGCUUAUGCCGCAGUUCAUCUGUCCUUGAAAAUAUUUAUGAAGACCCGCCUUAUUAGCAGUGCAGUAGCUAAGCAAGAGCAAGUGCAUACCAAAUGUAAGCAGAUGCUCACCAAUGGGUGAAAGUAACAGUGAAAGAGAGUGGACAUGGUAUCCCUUCGUUUAAAAAUGAACAACAUGAAGAACUUUUCAGAGUAUACCCAGCCUCUUUCCCUUUUAUUAAAGUAAUAAAGGACUAAUAGUUACUGAAGUAACAUGCAUUCUGAAUGCUUGCCUGCAUUGUUUUGGAAGUAGAUUAUUUGAGUGUUUGGGGUAUGAUGUUGAGUUUGUACUUUGCCAUCAUAGUUGCUCGAAAUUCAUAUGCUGUUAACACAUGCUAUUAUUCUUGCUGGUUGUUCUUAGUAUCAAAAUGAAGUGAACAUUACUGUACCUACUUUUGGAUUUUAUCUGAUAUUUUAUCUUAUCUUUUUUUUCUUUUUCUUUGGUGGGACAGUUGUGCUCUGUGAUGAUGCCUUUUGACUUCAGAGGGGUCAUUGGACUAACUGUAAGACCAUUUGCUUCCUGUUGAAAGAGCUAAUUUGUCAUUUUUCUUUACCCCUGAUUGUGUUCAAGUGUUUAACACUAUUUCACAAGCAUGAGGAGCUGUGUUCAUUUAGGUAUUUCCAUCAUCUCUUGCCUGGCAUGCCAUUGCAUAACAGUGUAUGGAAUCCAUGUGCAUUGUAUGUUAAUGUGUGCCCAUAAAUGUACAGUUGCAAGAAAAAGUCUGGGAACACUUUGGAAUUACCUGGAUUUCUGUAUUAAUUGUGGUUGGAUCUUCAUUUAAGUCGCAAUAAUGGACAAAAGCAUUCUGCGUAAACUAAUAACACACACAAUUGCAUUUUUCAUGUUUGAACACAUUAUCCAAACAUUCUCGGUUUAGGCUGGAGAACAUACAACGGUUCACAUAUCUAGUAUCAGACUUGCACAAUGGCUAGGAGGGAUUUCACUCCAUUCCUAUUUACAAAAGUGCUUCAGUUCAUUGAUAUUUCUCAGAUUACUUGCAUGAACAGUCCUCUUUAGGUCGCGCUACAACAUUUCAAUUGGGUUAAGGUCUGGUCCAACAAAUGCAUUUUCUUCUGUUUAAAACAUUCUCUUGUUGAUUUAUGCAGGUGUUUUUGGUCAUUGUCUCACGGCAUCACCAAACUUCUAUUAAGUUUCAGGUGACAAACUGCUACCAUGACAUUUUCCUAUUAAUUUGCUUGAUACUAUUUUGAAUUAUUAGAUCCCUCAGUGAUUACAAUCUGUUCAGGCCCUGAGGCUGCAAAGCAGCCCUAAGACAUGAUGCUCCCUCCACCAUACUUCACAGCUUGGAUGAGGUUUUGGUGUUGCAAGAAGUACUGUUGUUUAUUAUUAGUUUAAGCAGAUUGUGUUUGUCUAUCAUUGAACCUUGAUGAAGAUCAGACCAUACUUAAUGAGUAAAUAAUGCGGAAAUCCAAGCGAGUCCAAAGGGUGCACAAACGUUUUCGUGCAACUGUAGCUCAACUUCCCCGCCACUGUUUGUGGGGUGGCGUUUUUGCUAACGAGAGUUCAUUGUACUGAACCGCUUCAUACAACGGUCACAGCGUGUACUUGGGAGAUGGUGAAAGACUUCAGUGUUGCAUGUCAGAAGCGAUGGUCUUCUCCGCUCAUUUCUGUUGGAAUGGAUUAAACUGGUUUCAUGUGAAAGCCGAAGGCGUGGCCAUUGUAAUGAGUGGUGCUGCACUCGCCUUCAGGCCUCCCCUGUUGGGUAUUACCGUUUCAAUGGCAGCCAUGGUUAUCCUUUCUGUUGCUGAAUUAUCAGUACACUUAAAAUGUCAUGAUGUCAUAAUUUAUUAUUGCUCUGGAAUAGUGACAUCAUGUAAUCUCUGUUUGUUCAUUUUCAGUUUAUAUGUUUUUUUUUUUUGCUUAUUAAUGUGUUUAAAGUGUCUGUAAAUAACAAGCUUUUUUUGAAUUCCUCUGUGUGCCACUGAAAGUUAUGUGUUCUUAAAAUGUGACUUGUGCAUAUAAUGUACUAGACAAUGGGUCUUAGACAAAUGUGUGUGUGUUUGCGUGCGUGCGUGUGUGUGUGUGUGUGUGGUUGCUGCUGGUAUUUGGUCAUCUUCUAGACUUUAGGUAGAACUUGAGCUACUUCCUACCUUUCUAUAUCUGUGUGCACAGCAGUGGCUAAAUGAAAGCCAGUCAGUGCGCACGCAACGGCCUAUUUGCACUGCAUUGCUGCCGGUGACUAUAACAUACCACACAUCUUGUUGUGUUCCUCAGAAGUAAAUAAUGGGUGGACAUUUGGAUUUUCAAAAUGUACAGUGGUGUAAACUACACUGGAUCGCUGAGAUUUUUUCAAAUUUUAUUUAAUUUUUAUUAUGUUUUGUAGCCUGCCCUCUCUAUGGGGUGAAUUUAAUCUAGCCAUGAUGGUGCUUUUUCCUUUACUUGAGCAACACGUCAACAAGAGUAAGAGUUUAACUACGCAAAGUAAAGGACAAAGUUCCUUAGUUGUUUGAAGGAAUGCACUCUAUUAUAUUUGCCUGUGUGCAUAUGUUUUGCAUCGGUUAAGUAUUCCAACCAGGUGGAAUAAAGUGUACUCCGGGUGGGGGGGGGGAAGCACAUGGUUACGGUUUGGAAAUACUGCUGUAAGGAGUAGCUUGUCUUAAUUGUUGGAUAGUUGUAGCACAGUAGUGAGUUUUACUUGGUUUUCGAGAGAAUUUUAGUCACAAUAGUUAAGAAACGUACUUUGAUAUUUGUGGAAAAGCAGUACCUCGUGAAUUUAACACAGGUUUCCCUGUGUUUUGCAGUAAUGUACUGACUUUACAGAUGUGAAUUGUUUUACUGUCCAUAAGGAACCACAGAAACAUGUUGUUUGAUGUGAUUUUAGGAGGAUUGGCAAAAACAUUUCAUUUUAUCCCAAACGAUCAAUGUGUAGCUCAUCCAUUUAUUAUGAAUCUGACUUUUUCUAAAGCGUUGACAUUCAAACAUGCCAAUCUUCUAGGUCAUUUAGGGCAUAGAUAUUUAUAAAAUCUCUUGUUCUCUCUCUGUAGUUAAGUGUUUUCAGUUCUUUUUUUUUUUGCACUAGGCAUUAUGUUGGUUGGAAAGAUUUACUGCGGAUUUGUAACCAAAACAAGAGGUUGAAAAAAAAUAAUUGGAAGACUAAUGAAGAUCUUGCACCAUGAAAUGGGUUGAGAAGCUAUGCAACAUUUGGAAUUGGAAGACGGCACAACGAUACAUUGUUUCUAUCAUUUCUAGUUUGCUGAAGUGCUCCUUUUUUUGUACUUUUUUAAUAGACCAUUUGCAUUGACAUGUUUGCUUAAUAAAUGUUUUUUUUCCUUAAA